AUGGAUGGGCGCAGCUGCGGCAAGGCUUGGCCCGAGGCCUUUGAUGCCGUCCUCCUUGAUGCACCUUGCUCGGGGGAGUCGCUGACCAGACGAGGUGAAGACUUUGCUUCGUCAUUGGAUCAGUCUCCGGCGUACAUAGAAGGACUGUCCAAGCUUCAACGACAGCUCAUCUCGUCUGCUUUCCAGGCGUUGCGUGUUGGUGGCGUGCUGGUCUACAGCACAUGCACCUUGAACAUUAAGGAGAACGAGGAAGUGUGCCACUUCCUGGAAGAGUCCUUUCCGGGAGCCGUUGAGCGACUGCCCCUGGACGGACUGCCAGGCACGGAGUCCAUGCAGACGGUGGGCGGAUGCCUGAGAUGCUGGCCGCAGCUCUCGGAUACGCAGGGCUUCUUCGUGGCCCGCUUCCGGAAAACGGCAGCUCGCUCCGAGGUUGCGAAGGCCGCCCCUGGCGACAGCAAAGUUCUCUCGCCUCUCAGCAGCCGCGAGGCCUUGGCCGUGAAGCGCGCCUUCCUUAACGCGUUCGGCGAUUGCCCUGGCUUAGAUGGCUCAAGGCUACGCCGGCGGAAGAAGGAGGUCUGGCUCCUCCCCGAGGUGCUGCAGGACCUUCCCUUCUCCGGGCCCCGGCGCGUCGGCAUCCGCAUGGCGAUGACCCGCAGGCAUGACCUGUCCUAUCCCGCUCACAUGGAAUGGGCCUGUGCCAUGGGCCUCGGAAGCGCCCUUGGUCUAGGCGACCUCUCCGCGGCGUCCUUCGGAUGCCCCUGGGCGCAGGCUGGGAUCUGGGAAGGCUUCUUGCCGCUCGCGAGGCAUGGGCCAAUCACUUCUGAGAAUAUCAGCCAACUUGCAGCCUCUGUCAAGAGAAUGUAUGGUUGGGAGUACUAUUUUGCGGAAGUUGCCAUCAUCGAGGGCCGGGUGUUCCUUCGAAGAACUGGUGUUCAUCUGGGUGGAUGGCUAAGAUCCACCCUUCGUCUGAUUGAACACUCUCUGCGUCUUUACGAGAGGCCUCUUCCAGAUGUUUUCUUCGUCCUGUCAGUCCAUGACGAGGCACACCUGGAGAAAGCAAGAUCCCCGCCGUUGCCCUUGUUGUCAGCGCUCUCCACUCGAGCCCACUGGGACAUCCCGGUUCCGGGACAAGCCUGGUAUGAAGAGUCUGGUGGAGUUUCCUCCCACGAUGUCGAGCAGGAUUUUGGCCUUUGGGAGUCUUUAGACUGGCAGAGGAAGAUUGAAGUGAAGUAUCCCUGGAAGACUCGCUCUCCGAAGGCCUUCUUUCGCGGCCACGAUUGGGCAUCUUCCAAUGCCUUCACGGAACAUUUGCCAAGCAGAAAUCCGGAGACGUGCAUAGCCUCGCACGAUUUGUCGACCUCGUUUUCCUACCGGCGAUGGUACGCCGAGCUGGCCCAAGGCCCUUUGCAGCAUCUCCUUGACGUAGGCCUUACGGGGGCGCCGAACUUCGUCCGGGAGAAAUACCCCAAGCAAGCCUACGUGCAGCCGGUGUCUUUGCCUGAGCAUGCGGCACACAAAUUCCUGCUGCAUCUGGAUGGAACUGCUGCCAGCAACCGCCUCCUCAAGCUACUCUUCAUGGGCUCCGUGGUCUUGAAGCAGGACUCGGUGUACGAGGAGUUCUUCUACAAAGAUCUCACGCCAUGGGUUCAUUUCGUGCCGAUCUCCAGGGAUCGAUGUACAACUCAGAACCUGACGGAUACGCUUCGCUGGCUUCUCGAUCAUGACAACGAGGCACAAGCCAUCGCAAAGGCAGGGCAAGACUAUGCAAGAGAGCAUUUGUCAAGGGCCGGGGCAGCUUGCUACUGGAGGAGAGUCUUGACCUCGUAUGCAAGCCUUCAGGCCUUCGACGCACGGCUGCUGAUCAACAUGUCCGAUUGGCGGGAGUGGUGGAGUUGA